GUGGUACAAGCUGCACUCCAAGGCUGGGAAGAAGGAGAAGGAGCGUGGUGAGAUCCUGGUGAGCCUGCAGUUCACCAGGCACAGCCUGACCGCCAGCAUGUUCGACCUGUCCAUGAAGGACAAGGCGCGCUCGCCCUUCGGCAAGCUCAAGGACAAGGUGACGGGCAAGAAGAAGUACGACCUGGAGUCGGCCUCUGCCAUCAUCCCCAGCAGCAUGGCAGCCCUGGACAUGGAGGAUGACUUGGAGCUGGGGGGCAAGAAGUCCAAGCUGAAGGGUUUCUUCCUGAAGAACAAGUUGCGGCGGUCGUCGCUGACGCAGUCCAGCACGUCCCUGGGCUCGGACAGCACCAUCUCCUCUGCCAGCCUGAGCCUGGCAGCGCCUGUGCCCGAGGUGCCCAGGUCCCCCAGCAGGCAGGGCAGCCUGUCCAGCGAGCGCUCUGCAGCAGAGGGACGAGCCCCGCUUCAUCCCGUCCCCUCCCAGCCUGGCUCUGCAGGAAGAGCUCAAGGUGUCCACCAAGGCCGUGACCCUCAGCAACCACCUGGGCAGGGCCAGGAUGGAGGAGAGCGCCCGCCAGGAGGGCAAACCCAGCCAGGGUGCGGCUCCUCCGGGCUUCCCCACUGAGCCAGCCAAGGACAGAGCAACCGAGGACACCAGGAAGGAGGAUAAGAAAGCCAAGGGAGGCUUCUUCCACCACGGGGGCAAAGGCCAGGGGGACAGAGGGACCCCCGUCCACACCUCUGCCGCGGGGGAUGAGAGGAGUAAGAGCAGCGGCUGGUUUGGGUCCAAGGAGCCCAAAGAGUCCCCUCAGAAACCCAGUUUCCCGCCUGGGCCGCGUGCUGCACCCGAGGUCGCUGGGAGCUUUUAUUCCUCUGAGGAUUGCAGUCCCUCUGGCUCCCCAAGGCGCACAGAGCCCCAGAGGGAGUCUCCAGCCCAGAGCGUUGGUGUCCCCGUGCCUGAAACCAGUCCCCCAGCACCGGGAGAGCUCCCUCCUGCCGACACUGACACCGAGCCUGCUGUCCCCUCGGAGUGGGACGAUACCUUCGAUGCCUUUGCCACCAGCAGGCUCAAACCAGAGCGGAACAAGGAGAACUUUUUUGCCUCGGUGGCAGCAGAGGGCAUGGCUUUCAUCGAUGACCCCAGAGCCAGCCCGACGGAGAGCUCAGCGGGGCCGCCUUGCCAGAAGGGCUCCCAAGUGUUCGAAAAGGCGGCUGAAAUCCCUGCGGCUCUCCGCUCUUGGACAAAUUUCUCCGCUUUAGACGUGGGGGCCAACCUGGUGAGCACCACCCAGGAGGCCACGGUGAUCGAGGACGUGCUGAGCCCCGUGUCCGCGGGCUCCAUGGCCAGGAGGAGGAAAAGCAGCACGCCCAUGGUCUGGACAGCCGCCUUUGCCUCGGGCAACCCCGGGGACAAAGAGGCGUCAGCAGCACUGAGCACUGAAAAUAGCGCUAGGGAGGAGGGGGACAGCGGUGAGGAGGAGUCCUGCAGCACGGGGACGAACGGCUGGAUGACCAUAGCCACGGAGAGCGCCGCCGAGCCCUCAGAGAGCGCCGGGGAGCACCCGGCUCCUCAGGCCCCCUUCGGCCCGCGCCCGCCCUUCCUGGGCGAGGGCACCUUCGAAGCCCAGAGCUCGUCCCGUGCCACCACCACCACCUGUGUGCUACCCAUGAGCUCCUUCCCCCCCGAGCCGGCCCCCGAGGCCCCGCCGGGCAGCACCGUGGUGGCGGCCGUGCCCCCGCGGGUGCCGGGGGACGCGGCGGGACGGAGGUUCCCCGAGGCGGGCUUGGAGCCCGGGGAGGGCGCCUUGGACAUCCGCAGCUCGGUGUUCCGGCUACAGGCCAGCAUGCGGCUGGAGGCCAGCGAGGGCCUGCUGCACUUCAGCUCCGACAUCCGCGAGAGGCGCGUGGUGCUGUCGCCGUGGGCAGGGCCUCAGGGCUGCCCGGAGCUGCCGCCCGGGCCGCCCCCCAAACCACCCCGGCGGUUCGCGGCCGCGGGCCCCGUGGGGGACGGCGAGGACGAGGAGCCUGGUGGCACCCAGCGAGGCAGGCAGGAGCCGUGGGAAGAGUCAGAGGGCCCAGGAGCAGAGAUGGGAUUGCCGAGGAGCCGUGCGAGCAGUGAGCCCUCCGUGCCGGCGCCUCCCAUCCUGCUCGCACCCGGAGCGGCCGCCGCUGAAGCCGGGAGAGAGUUCGCAGCGUCUGAGGGUGCCAGAGCUGUUGCUAUGGACCCAGCAGCUGGCGUGGGGAUAGGAGCCGACGCCUCUGUGGGCGAACACCCAUCAGACAUGAACGAGACAGAUGUGGCCGAGCAGUUUGAGACUUGCAUGUCCAACUUCUCCCUGGAUGGACUGGACCGGUCGGGUGCUGAGGAGAGCAGGAGCCAGCCCCGUUUAUCCCCUCAGGGGGCCACAGACAGUGCCAAGUGGGAAAUGGCCUCCAAGCAGGAGCUGUUCCCCGAGGAGCUCAGUAUUUCAGGACUAAACCCACCUUCCAAGCUAGACCUGGGCCAGCCCACCAGCUGGACAGCUCUGGGAGAGCAGGAGGCAGCUGGGCAUCCACACCCGCCGCCCCAAAGGUUAGAACACAGGCAGAGGCCAUGCCAGCUGGAGCUGGCGUGCCAGGAUGGCGAGGGGCGAGCAGGAGAGCAGCCCAGGCCCCGUGCCCCUCCCCGGGAGGCAGAGCAGGGCAGGACCCCCGCCAGCGAGGAGCCCCAGGGGCGCUGGGCAGAGAGCAGGAUAGACUUCAAGAAAGCCGAUUUCUGGAAGCCAGAUAAGAUAGAGAGGCACACACAGGGAGCUUCAGCCCCGAGAAACCCCUUCACCCUGGCGCUGAGCCCCAAUUCCCCGAGCAACCCCUUCGUGGAGAGGCCCCCAGCUCCUGUCCAGGCUGUGCUGCCCGAAAAGCUUGAGCAGGGCGACUUCAGCUUCCGCAGCCCGCAGGAGGAGCCCCCCGGGCACGGCUUGCAGCCCACUAACGCUACCCCCCUGCAUGUCAGCCCGCCCCUGGCCUUCUCCACCCCUUUCCCCGCGGCUGCCACUAACCCCGAGCCGUGUGGCCGCCCCCGGGCCCCCGCGGGGGUCCCCGCCCGCCGCGCCGCCGCCCGGCCCUGCCCGUGCCCGCAGCCCGGGGAAGCUUCGGCGCUCCUGGUUCUGCCCAGGGAGACACGGCCGGCUGAGAAGCCCCUUGGCCAGCAGACGACCAGCCCCCACCCCGUGAAGCCCCUGAGUGCAGUGCAGGAGGGCUCCAGCGAGAGGAAGCAGCAGCACAAGGCCAGCCUGGGCUCAGCACUGAGCAAUGGCCUGGAGAGGCUGAAGACAGUGACCACGAGCAGCGUCCAGCCCCUGGCCCUGACCUCCCAGCAGGACAAAACUGACCCCAAGCAGGACCCUGGCCAGCUGGACCAGUCAGCCAAGUAUUACCACCUGACCCACGAUGAGCUGAUCCAGCUGCUGCUGCAGAAGGAGGGCGAGCUGAGCAAGAAGGAGGAGCACAUCCAGGAGCUGGAGAACUACAUUGACCAGCUGCUGGUGCGCAUCAUGGAGCAGUCCCCCACGCUGCUGCAGAUCCCUCUGGGGGGAGGCCAGGCCCCCUGAGCCUGCCCAGGGCAGCAGCAGCCAGCAGAGCUGUGCCCCCUGAGCCUGCGCAGGGCACCCAGCAGAGCUGUGCCCCCUGAGCCUGCCCAGGGUACCCAGCAGAGCUGUGCCCCAGUAACCACCACGCUGCCAACACCCCCGCACCCCCUCUUCUCGCCCGAGGCCUGCAGUGGCUUCUGUUCCCAGAGUUAGCAGGAAGGGUUAUCUGCUCCUUCCCAGCCCAAGCUUAGCCCAGCUCAGCUCCAGGGAGCUGUAGGGUGGUGGGCUGCCAGCACCCUAUGGGGAGGAGCAGAGCCCUCCCCACCAGGCAGGUUGCCUCUGCAGGUUCCUGUUGCUGUGACCGAGUGCCACCUCCCGGGCACUCCUCCUGCCAGAGCUUUAAAUUACCCCUGGACAUCUGAGAGCUGGAAACCAUCUCCUUGUGACUUCACCCUGCUGCUGCUCCUCUGCCCACACUCCUCCUCCUCCUCCUCUCUCCCUUGAGGGUGGUGUCCCCUGGCUGGUGUGGAGCUGCUGGGUGACACUGGGGAAACUGACACCCAGUGAGACUCCCCCAGUACAUUCCUGAGCAGAGACUGUGGGACACCCCUUCCCCUCCUCCCCCAGUUACCCCCAGUGAAGGAUGAAGAGCCAACUCCAGUUUGUGCCACUCUCUCACCACACUUGUGGGAGAUGCUCCACAAAGGGACAGUGCCAGGCCUAGGUGGUGUCACUGGUGGCUCUGUCAUAGCACCAGUGACACUGCCUGGGUCCCUCAUGGUUGGACUGGGAAUAUGGCAAAGGUGCCCCAGGAGUGCUGCAGGAGAUCCUUUGCAUGCCCCCACCCAGCAGGGGCUGCUGUGCCCUGGAGGGACCAAGGAGUGCAGAAUCCACAUUGAAUUUCCACUCAGUAUUCCCAGGAAUGGCUGCUCACAGCUGCCCUGCCCUGUUCUGCCUCAUCUGUCCAGCACAGCCAGAAAACACCCCCAGAGCAAGGUCUGGGGGGUCUGACCCCCCUGCAGGGCCCCUGCAGGGUCAGACACCCCAAAACCUCUUGGCACAGCCCAGAAUUCCCAAAUCCUGGCAGGGCAGUGCCCUGCUCUGCUGAUCACAUCCACAGGCUGGGAUCAGCUCUCCAGGGCAGUGCCCAGCCUGCUGCCCUGAUCACAUCCACAGGCUGGGUUCAGUUCUGCAGGGCAGUGCCCAGCCUGCUGCCCUGAUCACAUCCACAGGCUGGGAUCAGCUCUCAGGGCAGUGCCCAGCCUGCUCCCCUGAUCACAUCCACAGGCUGGGAUGGGCUCUCCAGGGCAGUGCCCAGCCUGCUCUGCUGAUCACAUCCACAGGCUGGGAUCAGCUCUCCAGGGCAGUGCCAAGCCUCAGGGCAGCUCUGUCCCCUGCUGACCCCUGAGUGACCACCCAAAGCUGAAGCAGCAUGAGACCACGACUGUGUUCUUUGUUCCAGUUGUAAACUUGUCUGUUGCAAUUUUCAUCAAAUUCAGUAUAUCAUCUCUUUUGGCGUGCCAAUUCCCCUUUUUGUUUCCAGUUUUGAAGUAAAGUUAUGUUUGAAGUAAAGUUAUGUAAAGUAA